AUUACAGGUUCUAGCAAGAAUAUUGAUGUUUAUUUUCACCAUUGCACAUGUGUGUACUGUCUACUUGGGUAACUCAAGAAGCUAUAUAUGAAGGCUAAUUUAGCACCAAGGAACGAGUAACAAAACUCAAUUACCUGCUUCUCAAACGUGAUAAAAUUCAGAUGUAAAAAUUGUGCUAUUUUAUGUAAAAGUGUAUAUUGUGAAUUACGUACAUUAAGUUUCCUUUAUUUCCUAUAAGGUACUCACCGGUAUUAAGUAACAUGCUGCCUUAGCAGACAUUUACACUCGGAUUCUUUUUUCAUUGUUUUGUUACAAAAAGGUUGCUGAACAGUAAUAUUCUUAGACUGCCACGUACAGUCACAUAACAUACAUAACAUUGUUUUUGUAGGGUACUAAAAAUGAACUGUUGCAUUAAUGGAGAAUGUGCCACAUUUCGUACAGUUGGUUAGUCAAGCAAAGCAGCUUUUGGAACCAAUCAGUGAUACAGUUGAGCUGUAACAUAUGGCUUUGUCUAGACUUGCUGCUCCCUGUGCAUCUAACCAUUACAGCCAACAGAACCUCUUCUUUCACAUGACUUCACAUCAUACUUAGUUUUAUAGGCCCAAUCUCUCCCGAGCUACUAAAUCAUGGAACGCAAAAUUGCCUGGGAUGUCAAUAAAGCCACGGCGGCCCAGCGUUUAUGGCUCAGAUGAAGAUUUAGACUCCGCAGCCUCUGACGUAUUCACAACAUACACAUGAUAAGUCUCCCUCCUAGUAAUACCUCCACAGUCAUUGGUGCAUGAAAUUAAAACUCUCCUUUCGAACGCUCAGUGCCUUCUCACACACUCACAGGCCUUUGCUUGCCUCCAAAGAGGUUAAGAUUUGGUAUCAGUGCAGAGGUGUAUUCUGGCCUCCAAGACAAUUGGAAAAUAUCAGAGAUGCGAGGGACAUUUUAUGGAGCACAACAGUGAUGCUGCAUUGUUGGAUAAGACUGUGAACUGGAGGAUAAUCUCAGAAUGCUGCUGCAAGAGCCAAGCUGCUAUGUGAUCUCCUUACCAGGGGAGAGUCCGGGCUUUGGAGAGGGAGUCACGACGGGAGGGCUUCGAAACCUCCCGAAAUAUCACGAACUUCCGCAAGAUGUUAGUGACGGGGAGGACACGGAUGAAGAGGUUACGAUAACGGCGGCAGACUUUCAGCCUGGUCACUUCCUCCCCCAGGGAAAUGACAAGGCGUGGACUCAGAAGGAUCAAAUCGAACUAGACGAGAUUGGAACGCAAAAAAGCAACCGACCCAGUAAGGUUAUAGACUCGGAACUUGACGUACAGGUCAGUUCAGGGUGGCUGGCCCUGUCCAGGACUCGUAUCGCUUGCUUCCUGUUUUCCCUCAGCAUGUGCGUGGGAUUCUUUGUUGCCAUGGCGAUUGCCUUCCCUUGUGAGGAAGAAGGAACACAUUUACAGACACCUCCUUGGAGAGUAACAUUAUCAGAUGCAGCUUCAGAAACAUCAGUGCGACUGUAUGACAUUGAUGGAGAUGGCCUGUUGGAUGUUAUAGUUGGGUUAGGGUUCACAGCACUAGGAAACAUCAGUGACAGCUGCCGCUCUUUAGGUGUGGAUGAGGUGUCAUCAUGUGCAGGUGGGAUCAGGGCUUACAAUGGCGCCACAGGGAAACAGUUGUGGCACAUCCCCACCUUCGGGGAGGUGUUUCUCCUGAGGUGUGGGGGACUGGACAUUAACGCUGACGGCUGGGAGGACUGUCUGGCCACAGGCAGGAUGGGGCUCAUGCUGGCCUUCAACCCAAAACUUGGUGAGGUUUUGUGGCGAGUGGACCCCACGUUAGUUGACCACCAUUGGAACUUCUACAUGCCUCAGCUUGUACCUGAUCUGGACAGGGACGGGGUGCCCGACCUUGUUGCUGCUCAUGGCGGAGACCUCCGCUUUAAAGCACACGAACACAACAGGACAGCAGGCAGACUGGUGUUACUGUCCGGCGCCACCGGCCGGAGUCUGGGGUCCUGGCUGGACAUGCCUGAUGGUCAUGAGACCUACAUGUCUGUGGUAGUGCAUCAGACCAGGGACGGUUCACUAUAUGCCCUGUUUGGGUCUGGAGGGGAAACCAUUACAGGUGAGUGGAGCAGCUCCAGUAAAGGUGUGAUACUGCCACCUGUGCUACUGGACCUGACAAGGGACGGUGUCAGGGACAUUGUAGUCUCUGUGUUUGACUCUACAGUCGCAGUCCUCGAUGGAGAGACUCUGGAGGAAGUUUGGACGAAGUCAUUUCCUGGCACUGAAAGCUACAGUCUUCUUGCGCCAGGAUUCUUCAACAAUGACAGCACACUUGACAUUAUGGUGAGGCUGAACAAAGGGGGGUGGCCCAAGUACAACUCAAGUCAGAUGUUGAUCCUGGAUGGUCGGACGGGGACUGAACUGUGGUCCUUCCCGACACACGGAGCGACCUUCUCCUCACCCCUGACUCUCCGCACGGAGGACCCAGGGAGGGACGCGUUCCUGUUCUGGGUGUUAGGGCGGGAGGGCCCCGCCGCUCAGUCAGUACAACAUCCAGGAGGAGGUUCACAUGUGCGACGGCGUCGGCAUGGAGGUCAUGAGGAAGAAGGCCACGCCCCCUCGUGUGAUGCCAUGAACAUGCCGUCUCAGGAGCUGUUCCUGGUGGACAGAGACUUCGCACGGACGCCCAUCAGACUUGUCGAGCUUGAGUCAAUCCCGUAUUAUUACAACUACACAGAAGAGGACUAUAGAAAACAGAAGCUUGAGGAGGAACAGCGCUUUGGGCCCUCCCCCGACUUCGAGGAUGUCCCACUAGAAACCGAGGAGGACUCCACAGAGAUGGACCUGACUGAGGAGCUGAUCGCAGUGACGGAUGCAGCUUCCUUGACGGGAAGAAGAACGGCCUUCCCCGCAAACUCUCCGGAUGGACCUACGGACAGCAGCAGAAGGCAGCGGCAGAGAAGGCAGGAUGACUUAACGUUUCCUGUUCUUCUAUGCACACCUAUGAGUCCUAAUGACAGAACCACAGGUGCCGUGGGUGACGUAGACGGGGACGGUACAUUAGACUACGUGUUCAUCGAGGGCAGACUUGCCUUUUUAAAGGACCCAGGCGGAUCAUUCCUACGGAUGGACUAUCUCAUGUCCAUCAACAAAAUCAACCUGAAUGUUAGUCUGGCAGAGGCUCAUCUUGUCAACAUACAGACAGGACAAACUCCCCCGGGAUACCAGAAUGGGACGCACCUUCUCAGUCGAAAUCCGAUGGGACAUUUCCAUUUUGUACCACUGCAUCAACAGCGGUGGGCGGGCUACAUGGGGCAGCGUGGCGACGGCAAGGUGUAGAGCUUCUCAUAUGCGUUGAAAGAGCAAAAAUUCCCUGCAGCUUGAAGCUUCAGACAGGUGAGGGGUCAGGCGGACUCCACGUGUUCAGUUGGUCCUGAUUGAAGCAGAGAAAACAGGUGCAGGCGGAUCGCCAAGUCUGGAGGCAAGAAUUAGAAAAGGAAAGAUUUUAAUGUCGGAGUACAACGUAAAUCCGCAGUCACAUGUUCGUUGAUGAUUGUUCUGCGAUUGCAAACUGAAAGCGUUCUUGGGAUAAACGUGCAUACUUGAUGCGAAAGUUAGCUGUCUUCUGAUAGAAAAGGCUAUCUUUGAUCCUUUUUGAUGGCUGGCUUUGUCACAGCCUGCUUGAAAAGGCUACAUCAAAAUCGCAUGACGACCGACGAAGAAUGUGACCACACUGUAAGUUUGCUGCGAUUUAAUAUCACUUCAGUACAGAGUAACUACACCUAGCAUGACUGUGUUGUGCAGGUGUAUCUGAACGUAGUCAAAAGUCAAAGAAAAUGAGACAUAUUAAGUAAAGAACGUUUUUGGGACUGUAAAUGAUUUUCAUGGAGGGUAAUCUGUAAAUACUGAGUGUAAGGCAGUUGUUUCUCACAAUGUAAAAUGUAAAGGUCUAUGUAUGUCUUUCUAAGAUGGGCAGUGUACAUUGCAGAUGUAACAAGUGAUCAAGAGGGUAUGGAAAAUGUAGUAUUUAUUGUGUUAGCCAGGGAUUGUGCCAAUAGUUCCAACUUUGUGAUUAAGCGUCUUGCACUGAAUGGUGCUUUGGGGACGUUUGUAUGGUACUUAACUUUAAAUAUUGGUACAUAUACAUAUACAGUGAACAUGUUCUUUGGAACUGUGUAUACAUUGUGCAAUGAAUAACUUGCAGUCAACCUUCUGCAGUACUAUAUAACCAAACAAUGGUUUCUCACACCAUUAUUUGUAUUGUUCAUUGAAUCAGAGUGAAGUAGGACUUUGUUGCAGUUUUUGGUCUCCCUGGCUCUGGUAGUCUCGCAAGACUAUGCAGUUGUUGGUACAUAAAAGCAUAAUGGAUAUUAUAUAUAUAUAUAACCGUCUUACCUUGCUAGCUGUUGCAAAAUGCUAAACAGAACCCGUUUUUAUAGAAUCUGAUAUAAAAAUAUAUACAGGGUACAGAUUUGCAGUUGGCUGCAGCAUUGUUUUUAUCAUUUUGAAAUUUGUGCAGAAACGGUUUUAAUGGAAGUUGAACUGCACAACUUCAUCAACCAAAAGUUGGCAUGAGUUACCAGUACAGUCUUAAAUAUCCUCAUACUCCAACUGUUUUUGCCAAUCUAUAUGUUAUGAGCCAAAAGUAUUGACCAAAGUCAGUAUUGAUAUUUUUUUACUUAAAGCCUUAAGCUUCAACAUAUGCUGCUCUGUGAUUGUAACAAUUACUGGAUUACAACAUUGUGCCUCAUGCCAACAACCUACUGUCAUUGUAAACUCGGGAAAAAGUGCAGUGUUAGGAAGAGUUAGUCCCUUUCCUAUUGAACUUGUAUCUAUCAUACUUAAUCUGUUCUUGGUGCAUGUAGCGUUACAUAAUUCUGUGGGAUGGAAACAUUGAAUCCAAGUGUCAAGUAACCUGCAGUUCAACUGAUUCUGACAGGUGGAGCUUUUAGAUGUAUAUGAUGGUACUUUAAUAUCAACCUACAAUCAUGGUAUUGUUUACCUUGCCAAGUUGCCAUAAUAUUUACUACAGAUUAUGAACGAUUUGUCCUUGGAUUGUACAAAAUCAUGGGAUUUGAUUGAGCUUGGAGCUGAUUUAUUGUGAAAACAUUAUUGUAAAAAUGGUAUACUGUCUUGACAGUCGCUAUAUUGUCCAUGAAGAUAUUUAUUGAUGCCUUGUUUGUAUACUUUAGUAUGUCGGGCAGGUUUUGUACUGACGAAAGUCUUAAACAGUUGUAUAUAAUCUUUGAAAGAUACUUGACAAUCGAAGAUAUUGUAUAAUGCAGUAUAUUAAGUGCAAGGUUUGUGGUUGUGUGAUGGUGUAUAAAUUUAAAGUUUGUUCAGCCACGAAUGUG